UAGACUGCACUCAGACAGGGGCAUUUCCUGGCUGUUUAAUCUUCAAAAAUUUGAAGGAAACUACAAAUCACUGAGGGGAAUUUAACGAUGACUUGCAGGCAGUGGGUUCAGCGAUGAGACAAAAUGAAUCCAGAUUAUACCACCACCCAAAAGGGCACUUCAGAGACUGGAAGGGUAAAGGGGCAUGUGCUCUACACAGGUAGAGACAUAUCUGUCCAUGUUACCUUUUGCAAAGUGGGCACUGCUUCAUGUGGCAACACCACCACUCACCUAAAUAGCCCACAUGCCGCUGAGUGAGAAGUUUUUUAAAUUGUUUUUGGGCAGAAUUAUGUGAGGUGUUGUUAGUGAUGAGCCUUGGUCCAUUUAGCUCGGAAUAUGCCACCCUCGUCAAUCUGUCACCUAAUCCUGCCUAAUGGGCAGGUCAGCCCUGGAGGAAAGUAUUGGCUGUAAGAAGUAAGAGAACAUAACAUCUGGUUGUUUUUAAAUGACUUCUUUUGACAUUGCUUUAUUUUUGUUCCGAUCUGUGUUGCUCACUCCAGUCAGCAGAUGGCGAUGUGAGUUUUUCAGGUGAUGCUUCUUGCGUGACGUAUAAUCUAGUGGACGGAACAGGAGGCUUCUUCAACAGAGACAAAAGGCUUCCGUUUCAACCAAUGCGGUGGUUUGCUAGCGAACAUAGAUACGGAGCAUUUAAGCUCUUCAGACUAAUCUUGUGUAUAUUAAUCUUAGUGUUUAGAACACAAUUCUGUUUACGCAUCUACUUGUUAAUUUAAACGUAGUUUGCUUCUUAAAUUAGCGAAUGUGUUAACUUGAUACUGCACAAGGCUAAUCGCCCGGAGCAUGAGGUCACGAAACUAGACGGAGAAAGAUCUGGUGAAAGGAGAGGAAGAAGCUUUCAGAAUGGAAGAGGAGGCUAUCACAUUGAAACAAGAGGAUGAUAUUACAGGGAAAGAGGAAGAUGGGAAAGAGGUUGUCAGAGUGGAAAAUGAGGAGGUAGAAGCUUUCAGAAUCAAAAAGGAUGAAGAUCCCGUAACAUUGAAGAAAGAGAAUAUAGUGAAAGAAGAGGAAGAACCUUUCAGAAUCAAAAAUGAGGAAGAUGCCGUAACAUUGAAGGAGGAGAAUGUAGUGAAAGAAGAGGAAGAACCUUUUGGAGUAAAAGAGGAAGAGGAGGAUAUCUCAAUAAAAGAGGAGGAAGAUGUUUUAGGAGUGAAAAAGGAGGAGGAGUCAGAAUAUCCGAUUACCAUCCGAGAGAGACAUGACGAUCCUGGAUCCUCUGGGGAGCCUCAACAACAUCCUGAUGCUGACGAGGCAGAGAAGAGUCUCUCCAUUUCAGAACACCAGAUGGACAACGCUAGCCCUUCCUCCCUCCCGGAGUCCCUGUGUCGUGCCUCUCCCGGUAGCGCCUUACUGCUGGGUAUGAAGAGGUUGUCUGUGCUGCUGGUGGACUGCAGGAAAACAACGGGGCUGAGUGGAACUGUGAGAGGAGGAGAAGAGAAGAAAGGAUCAGAUUUGACUCAUCAAAGAGAAAGACCAGACUCCCAGGAACCAGAGCCAGAGACAUCUAAACCAACAAGACGACACCACUGCUCCCACUGUGGAAAGGGUUUUAAACAGUUACGGGACCUGAAACAACAUGAGAGAAUACAUACAGGAGAAAAGCCAUACCACUGUGCCCAGUGUGGAAAGAAUUUUAACCACAAAGGAUACCUGAAACAGCAUGAGAGAAUACACACAGGGGAGAAGCCUUACCACUGUUCCCAGUGUGGAAAGAGCUAUAACCAGAGAGGAUACCUGAAAAAACAUGAGAGAAUUCAUACAGGGAGGAGUUUUAACCAGAAAGGACACCUGAUGCAACAUGAGAGAAUACACCCAGGGGAGAAGCCAUACCACUGCUCACAGUGUGCAAAGAGGUUUACAAGGUUAGGGGGCCUGAAAAUACACGAGACAAUACAUACGGGAGAAAAGCCGUACCACUGCUCCCAGUGUGGAAAGGGUUGUAACCACUUAAGUGGCCUGAAAAGACAUGAGAGAAUACACACAGGGGAGAAGCCUUACCACUGCUCCCAGUGUGGAAAAAGUUUUACCCAGUUAUGUAACCUGAAAACACACGAGAGAAUACACACAGGGUGAAGCCUUACCACUGCUCCCAGUGUGACAAGAGUUUUAAGGAGUUAGGUAACCUGAGAAGACAUGAGAUAAACCACACAGGAGGUAAGGAUGUAGCCUGUUGAACAGUAGGACAUAGGACAGAUGUAGGCCUCUGAACACAAGGACAUAGUAGAGGAGAAUGCCCAAUAAAUUGUGGGGCAGUAGGAUAGUAGUCCUUCUUUCGUUCUUAAUGCGUUUGAGCCAAUCGGUUAUAAUGUGACAUGGUAAGGGUGGUAUACAGAAGAUAGCCCUAUUUGUUAAAAAUAUUAAUUCAAUAUUAGGGAAAGAACAGCUCAAAUAAGCAAAGAGAAACAACAGUCCAUCAUCACUUUAAGACAUGAAGUAAGUAAAUUCGUUUCUUCAUGUGCAAAACUAUCAAGCGCUCUGAUGACCGCCACAGGAAAGGAAGACCCAGAGUUACUUCUGCUGCAGAGGAUAAGUUCAUUAGAGUUAUCAGCCCCAGAAAUUGCAGCCCAAAUAAAUGUUUCACAGAGUUCAAGUAACAGACACAUCUCAAAAUCAGCUGUUCAGAGGAGACUGCGUGAAUCAGUCCUUCAUGGUCGAAUUGCUGCAAAGAAACCACUGCUAAAGGGUCACCACUAAGAAUAAGAGACUUGCUUGGGCCAGGAAACACGAGCAAUGGACAUUAGACCGGUAGAUAUCUGUCCUUUGGUCUAUUGAGUCCAAAUUUGCGAUUUUUGGUUCCAACCGCCAUGACUUUACGAGAUGCUGAGUAGGUUAAUCUCCACAUGUGGUUCCCACAGUGAAGCAUUGAGGAGGAGGUGUGAUGGUGCUUUGCUGUUGACACUGUCAGUGAUUUUAUUUCAAGUUAAUGUCACACUUAACCAGCAUGGCUACCACAGCAUUCUGCAGCGAUAUCCAUCUGUUUUGGGCUUAGUGGGACUAUCAUUUGUUUUUCAACAGGACAAUGACCCAACACACCUCCAGGCUGUGUAAGGGCUGUUUGACCAAGAAGGAGAGUGAUGGAGUGCUGCAUCAGAUGACCUGGCCUCCACAAUCACCCGAUGUCGAUCCAAAUGUGAUGGUUUGGGAUGAAUUAGACCGAGGUUAGGAAAAGUGGCCAACAUCAGCAUGUAUUGGAAAAGGAUUCCAGGUGAAGCUGGUUGAGAGAAAGCCAAGAGUGUGCAAAGCUGUCAUCAAGGCAAAGGGUGGCAAUUUUGAAGAAUCUAAAAUAUAUUUGGAUUUGUUUAACACUUUUUUAUUAGUUACUACAUGAUUUAGCGUGUUAUUACAUAUUUACGAUGCCUUCACUAUUAUUCUACAAUGUAGAAAAGAGUCAAAUAAAG